UGCACGGUAAAUAGUUUUACACUGACACACAUUGAUUUUAAUAUUGUCAACUUGUUAAAUUUAAUCUGAUUUAUUUUCGAUCAACGUGAAAGAUGUACCUAAUUCGAUAACAUUUAUUUUGUAUAAAUAUAUUGAACUAAAUAUGCCCAGAUACAGUGAGAAUUAUUAUCUGAGAAAAUGUUUCUUGGAGAGAGAACAAGUACCCACACAAAGUGUGAUGAUCAAGAAGAUGUCUCCGCCUUUGGCUAAGGUUUACUUCAAAUCGAUGACGCCCAAACUUAAAGUUCUUGCAGGUUUAGAACCGCCUAUGAAAGGUGGUGGAAAUGACUGGUACAUACCACCUAAAGUUAUUUUAGAAGAAGGCAGGGUUGUUUUAAAACCAUUAAAGAAAGAAUAUUUAUCUAAACUAGGAUGCGAGGGAAUAGGCCAUUUUGGAGACAGGCUACUGCAAAUCCACAACCAGCGCAUGGAAGAAGAAAAAAAAAGAGUGCUGCAGGAAAGCGAUAUCAAAUGGAAAAAGCAUAUCGAGGCAAGUUGCAGACAACAAUGGGAGGAUGCAUCGAAAGAAGCAGCUAAGAACAAUACAGAAGCAAUACAACAGGCUUUUCGAGAAUUCACUAUUUUAUAUACGACGUCCAUAACUAGGGUUGAACAAAUUAUGUUCGAUGCAGCUGUAUUACAAAUCAAACGAGAGAGAGAGAAGACUUUCCAAGACAUGCAAGACAAAUUUAAAAUGCUGAUAAAAAAGCAAGCUACCCGACUUUAUGAUAAAUAUGAAGAUAAAUUAAAGAAACAGAAAGCGAAACUCAAAGCACAAUUUAUCAAAAAUGUUGAAGAAUCGCGCACAGCCAUGGGAAAUAAGGUACACGAUUUGAACGUCGAAAAGCAUACGGUCGUAGAAAAACUACGAAAUUUGUUACAAUGUCAGAAUUUGGCUUGCCAAGUCUAUGUGGCACUGAAGGAAAGAGAGGAAUGUCAAAAAGAAAUAGACUUGUCGAAAUACGAACAUCAAAAGAAAAUGAAGGCUUUGACAGAUGAAAUUGCUACGAAAGAUUUUGAAAUACGACUCGCAAAAGAGAAAGAAAGGAAACGGAUAGAAUUUAUCAAUAUAUGGCAAAGAAAAGUAUGUCAAGUUGUGAAGAAAUUUCAAAUGUUUGUAGGCUUUUGCCUAAAAACGCUACCGGAACAUGCUGAAUUCUUCAUUAACAUGGAAAAAUUAAUGUUGCUACAACUAAAUGAUGUAGUUUCCAAUCCAGAGGCGGAAAGUAUUUUUGAACCUGAGCAACCGGUGAUACACACGCCUAUUCCCAGACCGCAUCCGUUCUUUCUUUUCUGUGACAAAGGUGUCAAGACGCAGGUUGAUGAUCACCUCUGUCCUAAGCAUUGCACAUCGAGCGCAUCUCAGCUGCCGGUCAUCGUUGUCAACAAGAGGUGUAUUUACGCUGCAUGUGAUAAUUUCGAUCAGUUCUCAGAUAAAGUAAGAGCGUACAUUGACGGCCAUCGUGGUGAUGACAAAGACUUCGAAGAUACCCACUGCUAUGAGCACGACGUUCCAGUGAAAUACACGACUUCGUUACAACGGCUUGAACUCCAGAUGCAAAGUUCCCUGUUACAAAUUUUGCAAGACGAAUUACCCAAUGUGAGGCAACUGCCUGUUGAGUGUUGUUUGUGCAGAAUACCACACUGUUUUUGCAGUCCGACUCGUGCGUCUGAAAUGUCUACCGAGAAGAAUAAGGAACCGGAAGUGCCUCCAUUACCAUCCGUGUCGUCGGGAUACAAAAUUGAGUCACGAAGUGGGGAAUUGGCUCAUGAAAGACAACCGAAAUGGGAAAGUUACUUUGAAUACGUCCACCCAACAAAGUGCAAGUGCGGCAAAACUGCCAAAAAGCAUCUGCGAGAAAAUUUACCGCCAUACAUGUGGCAAAUGUCAAAAUACGAUGAGCCUCAACUCCCGAAUUAUGAAAUGUGUUCGCUGCAUACCCUCAGAAAGUUGGUGAAGAAGGCUCAAGGCAAACGCACUCCGCCGCCUGAACCCGCAAAAGUCGAGUCCACGACGAAAGAUAUGGGCACCCAGUAUUCCGACCAGGAGUUUGAUUUACUGUGCACGUGCUUCUCGGAUGAAGAAGUUGAAAAAUUAUACCGCGAAUUGAUGGCGGGUACGAAACCUUUUGACCCGAAAUCUACAGGCAAUCAAUGCGAAAUUGUAGAUGGAUCUGUGUCUCCGUCGUAUUUCACGCAACGAACGGACUCGUUCGUAACAGCCCGUGCUUAUUCGCUGCGGAAUUUGAUUGACAAUUCGCCGCAAUUGGAAGAGAUUUUCGUGAAACCGGAUUGCAAAUUCAAUUAAAACUAUAUUUUUUCCGUAUUCCACAACACUUUUAUGAAAAACAUAGAAUAAAGGGAAAACUUGA